UUCCUUUCUUCACGCACUUCUGACAGAGCAGAGGAGAGGACGUUGUGGUCGGCAGGCGCUGGGGGCAUGGGGACCCCGGGGGUGCCCUGGCCGCUCCUCUGGGCGGUGCUGCAGCUGGGCUGGCGGCCAGGCUGGCUCCUAGAGACUCCCAGAAGGCCUUGGCGUCCACUCACCUUCCACCCGCCUCAGCUCACGGUGGCCGAGGGGGAGACCGCCACCUUCACCUGCAGCUUCUCCAACACGUCUGAGGACUUUGUGCUCAACUGGUACCGCAUGAGCCCCAGCAACCAGACGGACAAGCUGGCCGCCUUCCCUGAGGACAGCGGGCAGGAAGUCCGCAGGGACCAGCGCUUCCGCAUGACCCGGCUGCCCAACGGACGGGACUUCGAAAUGAGUGUCCUCACUGCCCAGCACAAUGACAGCGGCAUCUACUUCUGUGGGGCCAUCUACCUGCUCCCCGAGACGCAGAUCUAUGAGAGCCUCCGGGCAAAGCUCACGGUGACAGAGAGAGUCCCGGAACAGCCCACUGAGGGCCCCAGCCCCACACCUAGGCCCGCAGGUCAGCUACAGGGCCUGGUCAUCGGUGUCACAAGCGUCCUGGUGGGCGUCCUGCUGCUUCUGCUGCUGACCUGGGUCCUGGCCACUCGAGGGGGCUGUGCCUGCCGGAGCGAGGACCAGCCUCCGAAGGAGGGCCCCUCCGUGGCAUCUGUGGACUACGGGGAGCUGGACUUCCAGAGGCGGGAGAAGACCCCGGAGCCCCCCGCCCCCUGUGUGCCGGAACAGACCGAGUACGCCACCAUCGUCUUCCCCGGCAGGCCCGGCUCUCUCCGCAGGGCCUCUGCCGACAGCCCGCAGGGGCCCCAGCCCCUGAGACUUGAAGACGGACACUGCUCUUGGCCGCUCUGACGGCUCCUCACUGGCCCAUGGCCUUCA